AUGGAUGAUGGCCAAACAGCUAGUGCUCACCUUGAGCACAUGGAAUCGGUUUUGAUGCUGUACAACAAGGACCUGAGCAUGGUACGCUUCCUCAUAGGAGACAAUUGUUCGACCAAUCAGUGUUUAGCAUCAAUGCUCAAGAUUCCUCUGAUUAGCUGUGCUAACCAUCGAUUAAAUCUUGCGGUUAAUCGGUUUCUGGAGGGGUAUCAGACUCAGAUUGACAUGAUUCAAAAUCUGAUGAUUCAACUACGUCACACCAACAAUGCUGCUGCGCUAUCCCGAGUAACCCACCUGAAGCCUAUCAAGGCUAAUGUGACGCGAUGGUCAUCUACAUACCAAAUGCUACAGCGGUACAUGAAGAUACGCGAUGCAAAUCUUACCGUCAGUGCUGUGGAGGAGCUCGUUCCGCGAGGGAAGGGCCACCGGCGCAUUGCUGCGGUGGCCGAUAAGCUCGUAGAGCUUGACAGUGUUUGUGUCAAGUUGCAGGCAAAGGAACGUUCUAUGGCGGAGGUGCGUCUGUUGUUUGACGCAUGUAUGGUAAAGUACCCAGAGAUGAGUGAGUAUUUGCAACCGGCUGCCCAAAUCGUUCACUCCCCCCUCUUUGAGUCUGCUAUUGUGAAAGUCCAGAACGAUCUCCCGCUUUCAUCUCCCGAGCAACAAGAAAUCGAGGCGUUCGUGCUUCCUACAAAUGAAUCAAGCGCUGCAGUGCGUCAUCGAGUUGAUUUUGCCUCAACCGUUCUCCGGCAGGCAAAGAAACGUCGACGCUCCGAGCAUGUUGUCGCUAAGUACGACCCUAUUUUGCAUGAAGUCCCUCCAACAAGCAACGCAUGCGAGCGUCUAUUUUCGGGAUGUAAGCUGGUCUUGACCUCUCUGCGUGCAUCAACCCUGCCUGCAAACAUUGAGGUAAUGAUGUUUUUGAGGGCUAAUAUGGAGCUUUGGAGCAACUCUUCUCGGUUGUAUUGA